AUGGUUGACUUCUACAAUGCGGUCAGCAUUCUGUACAGCACCCUGGCGGAGUUCUGCACUGAACGCAGCUGCGAGGUCAUGUCGGCGGGCGGGAAGUUUGAGUACCUGUGGGCCGACGGCGUGAAGUAUAAGAAGCCGGUGCGGCUGUCGGCCCCUGAGUACAUUGACAAGCUCUUUGACUGGGUCGAGGUGCAGCGCGCCCAGCUGCUGUGCCUGGCUUUGGGGUGA